UAAUUUAUUUUGUAAACGAAUUUUGUUAUCACAAAGACAUUGCAUCUUCGAAUUUUGAAUUUUGUUUGCACUAAAAAUCAGGUAACACUCGAAGCUAGCUACGCCUUAGUUUUCCAUUCCCAGUGUCGUUAGACAUGAGGGUUCAAUUCUGUAUUAUUUGUUGGUGUUGUGUGCAUCCAAUUGCUAAAGCAGCCCAAUGCAACUUAAAACCUAGACUUUCGCUCCAAAUGUUGUACUACUAACAAGGCCACAAUGGUUUUCAAUUUUCAAGCGUAACAGCUGUAGUUGAAAUUUCAACCAAGACUUUGUAUUAGUAAUUAGUUCCAGUCUUUAAGCUGAAAGUGAUGGGAAGCACACUAUUUUUCUCUGGUAUUUGGACCAUUACUGAAUGUCUUUUGCGUAAAUGCACCGUAGAAAGACUUAAGACUCUCAAUCAACACAAGUGUGGAGUACUAUUUAGUAGGACUUUGGUGGAAUACAUUCUUGUUGAUUUUCAUUCAAGGAUUCUGAUGGCUUUCAAGUUUAUUACUACAUAUUUCUUGUUUCUCGUUGGUGUGUCCAUAUUUUUUUCGAGUAGCUUUUGCAGAGCAUCAGACACCAUUUCAGCAGGCCAAUCUCUGUUUCCAAACCAGACCAUAAUCUCCAAAGAGGGCAAGUUUGAGCUUGGUUUCUUUUCUCCAGGUAACUCUACCAACUUCUAUAUUGGGAUAUGGUACAAAAAUAUUCCUGUUACAACAGUUGUUUGGGUCUUAAAUAGAAAUCACCCUAUCCCACAAUCCCUUUAUUACAACUCUCAACUAGAAAUAGCCAAUGGUACUCUGCUCCUUCGAAGUGGUGGCAACAUGAUUUUGUCAUACAAACAAACAAAUAAUGCCACUGAAGCUGUAAUUCUAGACACCGGGAAUUUCGUCAUAAGAAAUGCUUCAGGUGUUCAGUGGCAGAGCUUUGAGCACCCAACUGAUACAUGGCUGCCCGGUGCUAUGCUUGGAUACCGUUGGUUUCGUAAUAUACAUGUGAAACUUGUUUCGUGGAGGAAUCCGAAUGACCCUGUUUCAGGAAGCUUUUCAUUAGGCAUGGGGACUAAUGGAAGCAGUGAUCUUUCCAUUAGAAAAGGCGAGAAAAUAUUGUGGAGCAGCGGGCCUUGGCAAGGAGGGACUUUCCAGUCACUUGACUUGAAUUAUCCCUACAACAUUACGUACCUUGCACGCGAUGGAGAUGUAUCUGUGACAUAUAAUAAUAAUAAUAAGUCUGUGCUAUCUAGGAUUCUGAUUAACCAUCGUGGCAGAAUGGAGCUGUUUCAGUGGCUGGAGGUCAGGCAGACCUGGGAUCUGCUCAUAGUGAAGCCUUAUUCUUGUGGGGCAUAUGCCAUGUGUGGUCCCAAUACAAUGUGUGAUACCGAUCCCUCACCAGCGUGUAGGUGUUUGAGUGGGUUCAAACCACGAGUUGAGGUAGACUGGGAUUUUUCUAGUGGAUGUGUUAGAAAAAGACCAUUCCAUUGUACUGACAAAGUAGGAUAUAUCAAGGUAACCACUAGUAGAUUGCCUGAAAGCCAGGAAUCUGUGGAGUUGCCAAAUAAUGUAUGUGAGUUGCAAUGCUCAAAAAAAUGCUCCUGCACUGCCUAUGCAUACGGCAGUGGAGGUAAAUGUAUAUUACUUAAGGAGGACUUUCUAGAUCUGGAAACCCCCACAAACAAUUCUGCAGGUGUAGACCUUCAUGUGAAAGUGAAACAAAAAGGGAAGAGUAGAGUACUUCUUUUGGAGUUAGUGUUGCCCAUUACUGCUGCACUACUCUCGUCUUGUUUUGGUUUCUGUUAUGCACGACCAAAGCUAACAAACUGGAGAUCCAAGGACACACAUCAAAAUCUACUACUACUUAAUUUGGAUACUCAUGGAGAAGAGAAAAAUGACAAAUAUGAGUUGCCAAUUUUUAGUUUUUCUAGCAUAGUUGCAUCGACUAAUAACUUUUCUAUGGAAAACAAGCUUGGAGAGGGUGGUUUUGGACCUGUUUACAAGGGAGAACUAAUGAAUGGACUGUUUGUCGCUGUGAAACGUCUCUCCAAAAGGUCUGGACAAGGACUAGAAGAAUUCAGAAAUGAGACAGAAGUGAUUGCCAAACUACAGCACAGAAACCUUGUUAGGAUCUUAGGAUGCUGUGUUGAGAACAAUGAGAUGAUUUUAGUCUAUGAAUACAUGCCCAAUAACAGCCUCGACUUCUUUAUCUUUGAGCCUACAAGUGGGGGGUUGUUGGAGUGGGCCAAACGCGUUCAAAUCAUUGAGGGCAUCGCUCAAGGGCUUCUGUAUCUCCACCAUUACUCCCGGCUGAGAAUAGUUCAUAGGGAUCUGAAAGCUAGUAAUAUUCUACUAGAUGCAGAGAUGAACCCCAAAAUCUCUGAUUUUGGCAUGGCGAGAAUCUUUGGAGGAAACAACAUGCAAGCAAAUACUGAAAGGAUUGUCGGAACAUAUGGUUAUAUGUCUCCAGAAUAUGCAAUGGAAGGACUAUUCUCAGUGAAGUCUGAUGUGUUUGCAUUCGGAAUAUUGAUGCUGGAGAUUAUUAGCGGAAAGAAGAACACUGGUUUUUAUGGUUCUGAGUAUCUUAGUCUCCUUGGAUAUACGUGGAAUGCAUGGAUACAUGGAAGAGCAGUGGAGGUGGUUGAUCCAUCGUUGGAAAGGCCUGCUUCAUCUUCAGCUGUAUUAAGAUACAUAAAGAUCGGUCUACUGUGCGUUCAAGAAAAUCCAGCUGAUCGACCUUUGAUGUCAGAUGUGGUUGGCAUGCUAAGUAGUGAAGACGCGGAAAUGCCAUCACCCCUGAAUCCUGCUUUCACUGUUACGAGAAGCUCAAACAAAGUUCAAAUCUGCUCAGCGAAUGGUUUGACUCUCUCUCAUGUUGAAGCGCGUUGAAGUUUUCUUUCGUUGCAUAUGAUGAUUGAUUGUAAACCCCAAACUGCUCUUAUGGUUAUAAUAAGAGUUGAAAUAUUCAACAACGGUGUGGACUGUGGAUAGGCUACUAUUCUAUGAUACAGUUGGGAGGCACAUUUAAUUUUCGACAAAGGUCCAUCAUCAGACAUUAUUGUAUUGAUUGAUCUAUGUAGUUGAAAUUUUAAAGGAGACCAUUGUAAUAAGCCUGUGUGUAGUCUUUAUUAGGAUGGUUGAGUGUUGAAGUGUGUAUUUUGAGCCAAAUAUCUCACAUACUAUUUGUAUCUACAUCUUACAAUCAAAUUCUUCAUUAUGCGUAA